UGCAAGCUGAUGGAUGGAUUCGCCAUCUUUAUUCAAUUAUGUCUAGCCACAGCUGCAUUUUCAACGCUUGUCUUGAAACGCCAAAGAGAAAAGCCACAACGGCCAGUACGCAUUUGGGCAUUUGACGUUAGCAAGCAACUUGUCGGUGGAAUCGUCAUCCAUUCACUGAAUGUAGUAGCUGCUUAUAUAUUUGGCGCUAACCCAGAUGGAGAACAGUCAAACCCAUGUGUGUGGUAUUUUUUGAAUAUCUUGGUAGACACGACUUUGGGGGUUGUUAUUCUUUGGCUCAUCCUGUCAGGAUUUAAACACAUCACCUCGUACUUUAGUUGGACCGGAUUUGAGAGUGGUGUGUAUGGAAACCCGCCCAUGUCGAAUCAGCUUAAACAAUGGGGAAAACAGCUGGUGCUGUAUAUUUUAAGUCUGGUGUUGAUGAAAUUCGUCGUCGUACUACUCUUUCACCUUUGUCCUUGGAUAUCAGACUUUGGAAGAUGGGUAUUACAGUGGACAUUAGGAAAUUAUAAGCUACAGGUGGUCUUUGUGAUGUUAAUAUUCCCUUUGGUGAUGAACAUAAUGCAAUUCUGGAUUGUCGAUACCAUUGUAAAG